GCGGCGGCUGGCGCCGAGCCAGCGUGCGUGAGCGCCGAACGGAAGCGCCACACGAUGAAGCCGGAGGUGCCCCAGGAGGAUGAGGAGGACGAGGACGAGGCGGAAGCGGAAGGGCCAGGCGCGGAAGCUACAGGCGAGCAAGAGGCAGCCACUGGCGAGCUACAGGCGGUUCCCGCCGCGUCCGCGGACCACGCGAGCUCUCAAAGUCAGAGCCUUCCGCCACACACAGAGUCAGAGGCAGCGAAGACGCGGGGCGAAGCGAAUGGCCAGGCGGAAGAAGCGCAGCUGCAGGCCUUGCGGCUGGAGGUGAAGCGCCUCAAGAGCGAGUGCGACACGCUCCGGCGAGCCUCGGAGGCCAAGGAGCGCGCCGGCACGGACGACUCCUUUGCCUCGACUCCGCACUCGCGCUCCGCAGGGAAGAAAGUGACCUUCGGCUCCCAGGAGCACAAGCUCUUCCAGGGGUGGGCCGAGGAAGUCGAAGCGGAGCAGGUGGGGCAGCCCGACGCCAACGCGUCCGCCCGGCCGUCGUUGGCCGCGCCGCGGGCCUCGAUGCUUCGACGUCGUGGGAGCAGCAGUGGGACGGGUUCCAGCCGCUCCAGUGCUGCUUCCUUCAAGCGGGGGAGUUUGUGGGGCCUUGAGACCAAGCAGAAGAAGCCCACGACCCUAGUGGGUGCCACCGGGAUGACCCCAGCAACGACGCCCGCGGCCACCGGUGCUGCGAAGGAGCUUCAAGAGGGCUCGGACGAAGAAGUUUGCCUGGGUUCGCCUGUGAAUCCGGACGACAUCCGCAAGGAGCUGCCAGGUUUGUCGAUUGCCUUGCGGCGGCAUGACUACACGCCUUUGAGGACCAACUGA